GUAUAGAGUGUGUCAGAGAGACAUAAAAAAAAAAAGAAGUCUUUGUAUCUAUGUGUUUGUAAGCAACAAGAGCCAAAAGUUAAGGCCUUGUUUGUUUUAGUGAUUUAUAAAAAGAGUGAUUAAACACCAAUUGUUUCCUUUGUUUUGAUCCUAAAUUACCACUAGUUCCGCUAAUCCCCAACAAUUUUCACCCUUGUCUCGAGCUGCCUGGUGGACCGGCUAGUUCGAAGGUUCCUGCUUCUCAUCGGGAUUGGUUACCAGUGCUGCUUUCUGGUGAUGCUAGCGUUCCCACUUUGGGGUGUCCAGCAUGAUUGGUUGAAGCUAUCUAGUGGCAGUGGCUACGACGAGGGAGUAUUUGUGUUCAUGUUGGGGUUAACUGGGGUUCUCGGGCCGUUUGAGGUAGGGUUGGGCCCGAUUACUUAGAUCUAUGACUCGAAGGUGUUCGAGUACAAAAAUCGAACUCACAGUGCGAGUUUUGGGACCGUGCACGGAUGUACUAGUGUUUUGUGUCAAUUUCACUGUCGAGAAGUUGAAAGUAGUUGUUGAGUGUACUGUGGGUGCUGGAACUAGUGAUGGAUGAGGAUUUAGCAAAUGAUGCAAAAUUAAUGUCCUAACUAAGUGUUAUGGGAGCUCUCAGUGUGAAGCAAUUGAAGUGCCCACACCAAGCAAAUACUUUCUUCUUUCAAGCCAAAUAACAACCAACAAGAACCCCAUUUAUGUAUCUUUAUGUAGAAUAUGGAAUUUUUCGGUUAUAUAAAUCUGCAUAUAAUGCCACAAACUGUUAUAUAAUCCUAAAUUGUGCACAAAUUUUGGUUAUACUGCUGAUAUAUUCUCGACCCUCACAAAUGGGGAUGUUCUUUGUGGGAAUAUCAAGUGUUUCGUGAUGUCUUCCUAUGAUGUUCUUAUUGUAGGGGAAGUCUUGAUCGGUCUCAAGCACAUCAUUCAUAUAGUCGAGUUUUGGUAAGUAUUUUCUUAGGUUGUCACUCUGUUGUACCCUAAUCUCGAUCUCGGUGGUCGACUUACAAAUCUUCUAACUGGUAUUCAUACUCGUACCAAAGCUUUGUUAUAUAACCAUGAGGGGCGAUGGAAUUAAGACCCAUAGCAAAACCAAUAAAAACUAGCCUUAUAACUAAAGCACCACAAGACGAUAUCCCAAUACACUAGAACAUGUUCCCUACAAAGAACAACUUGUAUGAAAUAACAUACACAAAACCACCUAAUAAUAGAACACUCACAGACAAGUCCAAAUAAGCCCAAACAAACCAACCAGGCCUUCCUAAUACUAACUGGAAGCCCAGCGAUGGAAGCCUCAAAGGUAAACCCACUAGGAAUGUGGGACCCGCUAAAUCAAGAAAAGCGCCUGGUUCUGCGGGGUCCAGCUUCAUGAAACAUUGCCAGGUAGGAGAGAGAGAGAGAGAGAGUCUGAGGUCAAGUUUGCUUCGGGGAGUCCGCAGCUCCACCUCUCCGCCCGCCCCUUUCCUUCCUUCAUCGUGCUCCCCAAACAAAACAGCUACCAAACCCCCCUCUGCGCCAUUUUUCUUCAUCGAUCAUCACCCUAUGUUAUUCUCUUCGCACUGAUCGCCCAUUCAGCGGAUUCCCCAACGCAGCCGUCCUCCCGUUAUAGUCAGCAAAUUCGAACCUCCCACUUACCAACCCACCACCAGAAAUGGCAUUCGCGGGUAGCAUUGCAGCGACCACCACCAGCAUUCUCAAGACCUCCUUCUUCACCUCCAAACCCAGCUCCUCUUCCUCCGCCUCCUCUUCCGUGCCCGUCAAGCCCCGGAGCUUCUCCGUCCGCAGCUCCGUCGCCGCCACCCCCGCCACCGGCAAGGCCGCCAAGGAGUGCCAAGUCAAGUCCGUCAAGGCCAGGCAGAUCAUCGACAGCCGCGGCAACCCCACCGUCGAGGUCGAUCUCUUCACCGGCGGCGGUGACCUCUUCCGAUCCGCCGUCCCCAGCGGCGCCUCCACCGGGAUCUACGAGGCCCUCGAGCUACGCGAUGGGGACAAAUCCGUCUACGGCGGUAAAGGGGUCCUCACUGCUGUUGCCAAUAUCAACGACAUUCUCGGCCCUAAGCUCGUCGGCGUUGAUGUUAGAAACCAAGCGGAUGUAGAUGCCCUUAUGCUGGAAAUAGAUGGAACCCCAAACAAGUCACAACUUGGGGCGAACGCCAUACUGGGAGUCUCCCUCAGUGUGUGCAGAGCUGGAGCAGGUGCCAAGGGAGUGCCAUUGUACAAGCACAUCCAGGAACUGGCAGGGACGAAAGAGCUAGUUAUGCCCGUCCCGGCUUUCAAUGUCAUCAAUGGAGGAAGUCAUGCUGGAAAUGCACUAGCUAUGCAAGAGUUCAUGAUUUUGCCUGUCGGGGCGGGUUCUUUUGCCGAGGCCCUCCGUAUGGGCAGUGAAGUUUACCAUACGCUCAAGGGGAUUAUCAAAUUGAAGUAUGGACAGGACGCUUGCAAUGUUGGUGAUGAAGGUGGGUUUGCUCCUAAUGUACAGGAUAAUAGGGAAGGGCUAGUGCUUCUCAUGGACGCCAUUGAGAAGGCUGGUUAUACAGGAAAGAUCAAAAUAGGAAUGGAUGUUGCUGCUUCGGAAUUUUUCACCAAAGAUGGUAGAUACGAUUUAAACUUCAAGAACCAACCGAAUGAUGGAGCUCACGUGCUCGCAGCUCAGAGCCUUGGAGAUCUCUACAGGGAAUUUAUCAAGGAUUUCCCUAUUGUCUCCAUUGAAGAUCCAUUUGACCAGGAUGACUGGAGCUCUUGGGCUUCUCUGCAGUCUUCUGUAGAUAUCCAACUCGUGGGAGAUGAUUUGUUGGUCACAAAUCCCACAAGAAUAGCUGAAGCUAUUGGCAAGAAGUCCUGCAAUGGUUUGCUUCUCAAGGUGAACCAGAUUGGCACAGUGACGGAAUCCAUUAAAGCAGCCCUUGACUCGAAAGCUGCAGGUUGGGGAGUGAUGGUUAGCCACCGAAGCGGUGAAACUGAAGAUAAUUUCAUUGCUGAUCUUUCUGUUGGGCUGGCCAGUGGACAGAUUAAAACUGGAGCUCCUUGCAGAAGCGAGCGAUUGGCCAAAUACAAUCAGCUGCUGCGGAUCGAAGAGGAGCUAGGAAAUGUGCGCUAUGCUGGCGAAGCCUUCCGAUCCCCAUAGGAGAAGAGAAGGGAAAGGUGGAAAGAAAUGAAACAUCAUUUGAGUUGGCGAAGCUGGACGUGUUGCAGCGGGAAAUUUGUAGAGUUACCUUCUUUUACAAGAAAGGAGUCCAAGUACAUGGCAAAGCAGCAGAAAGAGUCGUGUAAUUAGGCGCUAUUCAAGUUUUGUACUUUCGUUCUAACUAAUUGGUUACAGAUGGACAGCUGCUUGUUUGUUAACAAUAAAGUCUGCAUUUACAUGGAUUUGGUGUUCAACAUCCAUGACAUUCGGCAGGCAGACGAACUACACCCUAUUGUAUUGCCGAGAUUCUUUAUCGUCCCUUUCUCUGAGUGAACGAUAGAAACCUGGUUUGCUUGCAAACAAUAUAUGACUGAGAUCAGU